AUGGACCGCGUCUUCGGCCACGAUCACCAUUGCAGCGUUUGCGGGUGCUCACCUUCGAUGGGGUUUCUCUACGAAUGCAAACAGGACCAUAAGGUCACAACUCUUGGCACCAUACUACUAAAAGGUCAAGAUAGGGUUGAGCCGGUCAAGUCGGCACUGCGACAAGAGCUGGAGAAGAUUGGGUUGAGCGAGAGCAUCAUUCGUACAGCGGAGAGCGGGCACUACACUGCCACACAACUGAAGAAGCUCAAGGAACUGAAGCUCGAGCUGCAGCAGGUCAUAUCGGACACACGCCAGGCUACCCAAGCCAGCGAUUUCGUGUCUAGGCUUACAGCUCUGGCGGGGGCGUCAUACAGCACCGAUGGAACUUUCAAUAGCCUUCCUGUGACAGACUCAAGUUCUAGAGCAUGCGCUUUCAGAGCUUGUCAUACCUGCCGCCCGUACUAUCGAGAACGUGUGUACAUUGCCUUUCAAGCGGUACUCAAUGCGGAUUUUCCGCCCUUGACAGAAGACGACAUGGAAGAACUCCCAAUCAAGUCUGCACGAAUCAUGCGUACCAUCGGCACCAGGGUUCAAUCCUCCAUGACUCUAAACACCAACCCAUCGACACUGCCCACUUUAGGUUCUUUCGCCACGUCUACAGGUGUACCGCACACCGCCUCAUCCAACACCACAGAUUCCAGCGGGCUCACCUUCAAAACUACACAAACUGACAUCGAUGAGAUCUCCGCCCAGCGCCGCCCUCGACGCAGGUUCUACAGGAUGGGACGCCGCUCCUCUGUCGACAUAGCCCGUUCUCUCUCUCAUGGACCUAGUCUUCUCACACCUCAGGGUCUCAAAUCCGCUGUCCAAGGCAUCUUCCGUCCAGGCCGGGAAUCCAGCUCCGAAGGCUCCAACAUCACUCUUCCACUCCCACGGACCGGGACAGUUCGCGACAACACCAGCUUACCGUCUGUCGGAGAAUUCGAUCUCGGCGCCUUGCGCCGAGUUCGGAAGCAAAAAGAGCGUAAUGAGGUCAGAAACGGGACCUACACCGGCGGAUUCGAGGAUGUGACCGCACAUACUACAGCAGCUAGUGAUAGAUCAGGAGGCAAUGAUAGCAGUGUCGACUCUGAGUUUUCAGUCCACCUUUUCACGACCGACGAGAAUGGGGAAAUGGCAAUUGAGGGUGUCGCUGUUACAGAAGAAGCAAUCGAGACACACACACCCGACCUCGUUGCUCUCAACGUUCCCGCUAUCCAGAAGAUAGGGGCGGUUGUCAAGACCGCGGAGGUGGGAGAGAAUGUGGAUGUUGGAUUACAAAGCAUCAUGACACAGGUGUGA